AUGCCCAAGACUCCAACCCUUUCUCGGGUCAAUUCCAGGUCCUCCCUCUGGCGGACUUGGAGCCCGAUGCUCGACCCCCUUGCCAACUACGACAAGUCUCGGCACCAUUAUCCAUGGCUCGUGGGGAAUGAUGAGCAUGGCGCUCUCGACACCACUCUACGCCGCGCAACACCCCUACCCUCGCUUAUCGAGAUCCCGGACAAUACUCACCAACCCGGCCGCGGUCAAGACUUCUGUGACUCUAAUCGGGACUUGGAGAACUCGGACCCAGAGCCUCUGCUUGAGAUCACGGAAAAUGACCCCAACUUGGUGACCUGGGAUGGCCCAUGCGACCCUAUGAACCCUCACAACUGGACCCGUAACAAGAAAUGGGUCUCUACAGUGCUCGUCUCUUGCUUCACCUUCAUUUCGCCCGUCUCCUCCACUAUGCUGGCACCGGCCCUCCCCGACCUAGCAGCCGAGUUCAACAUCACAUCAGACUUUGAGACAUAUCUCAUCAUGUCGAUAUUCCUUCUCGCAUACGCCAUCGGGCCGUUCGUCCUCGCGCCGUUAUCAGAGAUGUACGGGCGCGUGGUUGUGCUUCAAUCAGCCAACAUGAUCUAUCUCAUCUUUAAUACCGUCUGCGGAUUUUCUCAAAGCAAAACCCAAAUUCUUGUGUUUCGAUUCUUGAGCGGCCUGGGAGGAAGUGCCCCACAAGCACUUGGAGGAGGCGUUCUAAGUGACUGUUGGAGAGCCGAAGAACGCGGCACAGCCAUAGCUAUUUACAGCCUUGCCCCUUUCCUUGGCCCUGCUGUAGGGCCCAUCGCUGGAGGAUAUCUCACUCAAUACAUGAACUGGCGCUGGAUCUUCUGGAUUGUCUCAGCGGCAGACGCCCUUGUGCAAGUCCUUGCGUUUCUCUUUCUGCAGGAAACUUAUCCGCCCAAAAUCCUCAAGGUCAAGGCCAAGAAACUUCGGAAGGAGACGGGGAACAAGUCCUUGCGUACGGAAUAUGAACGGCCUGACCAGACAUUUUCUCAGUCCCUGAGGAAAAACCUGAUGCGACCUUUCAUCAUGCUCUUCACACAACCAGCCAUACAGAUCACUGCCCUUUACCGGGCGUAUCUGUACGGGCUGAUGUAUCUGGUCCUGGCCUCAUUUCCUCUGGUUUGGGAGGAGCAGUACAACCAGGAGCCUGGUCGAGCAAGUCUCAACUACUUAUCACUCGGAGUUGGAUUCGUCCUCGGGCUCCAGGUAUCUGGCCCCUUGAUAGACAAGGUCUACACCUCCCUAAAGAUACGGCAUUCUCAUCCGGGGCGACCCGAAUUCCGGGUUCCAUUAAUGUUCCCUACUGCUUUGAUUACACCAGCAGGACUGGUGCUAUACGGCGUAUCGGCCCAUCUCCAGCUCCACUGGAUCAUCCCCAACGUGGGAGCAGGCAUCUUUGCGGCAGGGUUAAUUCUUUCCUUCCAGUGCGCACAGACGUACAUUGUAGAUGCGUACGAACGGUACGCGGCCAGCGCCACGGGAGCUGCGGCUUUUGUUCGCACAAUGGCUGGUUUCAGUUUCCCGCUAUUCGCACCCGACAUGUACAAGGCGCUUGGCAUCGCUUGGGGGAAUGCAGUACUCGCAGGUACUGCCAUGGUCCUGUGUCUCGUGGCGCCGUUGGUACUCUGGCGAUGGGGUGAGUGGAUUCGGAAGAAGAGCCCGUACUGCGCUGGUUGA